AUGCCUGGUCCUCCUCCUCCACCUCCUCCACCUCCACCACCGCCUCCUCCAGGUAUAGGUUCGGGAGGACCUCCACCACCACCGCCUCUUCCAGGAAAUGCCCUCCCAGCAGCACCGCCCAAAGCGGUUGCGAAAAGUCGAGAUGCUUUACUAUCAGACAUCACGAAAGGAGCGAGGCUGAAAAAGGCCGUCACAAAUGACCGUUCAGCGCCAUUGAUAAAUACCAAGGCCGGCGGCGGAGGUGGACCUGUGGCCGGCGCACCGCCAGUACCAGGAAUGAGAGCACCAAGCGGUCUGGCGCCGCCAGCUCCAAACGCAAACCGAGCCCGAAGCAAUAGUGAUACAGGGGGAGAUGCUAUGGCCAGCCUGGGAGGCGCUCCACAACUGGGAGGCUUGUUUGCUGGAGGCAUGCCGAAGUUGAAGAAGACAAGAGGGGGAAUCGACACCGGUGCUGGUCAAGAUGGCGCUCACUCGGACUCGGAAUCGAACAAUCCAUCAAUCCCUCGACCACCGUUGGGCGGCGCACCUCGGCCACCUUCGAUGCCCGCUCCUCCCAUUCCUGGGAUCAGGCCUCCUCUUCCACAAUCAACAGACUCUGCCCCGGCCAUACCGAGUCCGCUAGCUCAUCUCAAAAAGGCUCCUCCCAAACCGUUAUCAAAACCGUCAUCUGUGGUCAAUUUGGCGAUCGGAAAGCCUCCGCCCCCUCCUCCGACAGCAAGGAAAGUGAGCACUUCUGGGCCACCUCCCGCUCCACCGCCUCCUCCUCCGCUCUCUUCAUCCUCGAGUUUUGCUCCUCCUCCUCCACCACCACCACCUCCACCACCGCCGUCAUCAACAAGUCCAGCUCCUCCAGCUCCUCCGCCUCCGCCUCCGCCUCCACCAACAGCAAGCCCUGCACCUCCCGCUCCUCCCCCUCCGCCUCCGCCUCCGCCAACAGCAAGCCCUGCACCUCCCGCUCCUCCCCCUCCGCCUCCACCACCGCCAACAGCAAGCCCUAUACCUCCCACUCCUCCCCAUCCACCGCCGCCAGCCGCCAGCCCUGCUCCCCCAGCUCCUCCACCACCGCCGCCUCCGCCUCCUACAGCAAGUCCUGCACCUCCUGCGCCGCCGCCUCCGCCUCCUCCUCCUCCAAGUAACGCAGCACCUUCUUUGGCACCUCCCCCACCGCCAAUGCCACUAUCUCCUGCAUCCGAGCCACCUUCUAGAUCAACACCGCCGCCGCCGCCGCCUGGACCGCCUCCACCGCCGAGCUCACAUCCAACGACCAACGGUUCUGGGUCCUCUUUUGCAAUGAAAGCUGCGACUGCCGCAUUCGCCAGACAACCAUCUCACGGUGCUUCAGAAACUCCCCCGUCACCCUCAUCCCCUGUAUCACCGCCUCCUUCUCAACGGAUAUCGCAACGUCCUUCGCACUCAACCUUGGAUGCGAGCUCAUAUACACUCACAAAUGGAGGCUCGAUCGGCUCCUCAGCUCGGUCGGGGCCCAUCAAGAUCGAGGAUAAUAGAUGGAAGUUCCAGGACGAUUCUCAGUUGCCACCACCACGACAAUUUACAGGAGUACCUAAAAGGUACCGAGCAGGAAGGGGGAGCAGUGUUCCACUUGACCUUGCGAGUCUGGAAUGA